AUGCGGGCCUGGAUCUUCUUCCUUAUCUGCCUAGCUGGCAAGGUGCUGGCAGCACCUCAGGAAGCCCUGCCAGACGAGAUUGAAGUAGUGGAGGAUCCUACAACCGUGCCUGUCGGAGUCAAUCCCGUCCAGGUGGAGGUCGGGGAGUUCGAGGAGCCCACCGAGGACGUGGAGGAGAUCGUGGCUGAGAAUCCCUGCCAGAACCAUCACUGCAAGCACGGCAAAAUCUGUGAGGUGGACGACAACAACACCCCCAUGUGUGUGUGCCAAGACCCCUCCACCUGCCCACCCAGCGUUGGCCUGUUCGAGAAGGUGUGUGGCACUGACAAUAAGACCUAUGACUCCUCCUGCCACUUCUUUGCCACCAAGUGCACCCUGGAGGGCACCAAGAAGGGACACAAGCUCCACCUGGACUACAUCGGGCCCUGCAAAUACAUUCCUCCCUGCCUGGACACGGAGCUGACCGAGUUCCCCCUGCGCAUGCGCGACUGGCUCAAGAACGUGCUGGUCACCCUGUACGAGCGGGACGAGGACAACAACCUGCUGACGGAGAAGCAGAAGCUCAAGGUGAAGAAGAUCCAUGAGAACGAGAAGCGCCUGGAAGCCGGCGAGCACACUGUGGAGCUGCUGGCCCGGGACUUCGAGAAGAACUACAACAUGUACAUCUUCCCCGUGCACUGGCAAUUCGGCCAGCUGGACCAGCAUCCCAUUGAUGGGUACCUGUCCCACACCGAGCUGGCCCCACUCCGAGCUCCUCUCAUCCCCAUGGAGCACUGCACCACCCGCUUCUUCGAAGAGUGCGACCUGGACAACGACAAGUACAUCGCCCUGGAGGAAUGGGGCAGCUGCUUCGGCAUCAAGGAGAAGGACAUUGACAAGGACCUCGUGAUCUAA